GAUUUAGUGUUUGUUUUUGUGUGUUUGCGUGUUGAUCGCUCUGAUCUCUCCUUUGAUUCGCGAAGGGUUCACAAGACAUCCUUCGCACUAUGUCGCAGUUGGCAGACCUGUCGAGGGAGGAGAAGGAGGAGCUUGCCAAGCAGCGCAUGGAGGACAUGCGCCUCAAGAACGAGGAGAUCAGACGACGCCACGCCGAGAUAGAAGCAGACAAGAAGAAUGCCGACUUGUUCAGCAGCUCUGCCAUCAAGGAAGGUGCUGUGAAAAAGUCCCCCCCGGAUGCCAGCCAGCCGGGGGAGCGACGCCCCAACCCGCAGAGGUCGAACCCCCGGGGUCCGCCGAGGUCCCAGGGACAGCACCGUCCCCGAGACGAAGGCAACAGGGGUGGGGCCCGGCAGAGGCCCAGGUUCGAGGAGCACCCGCAGCAGGACGCGGAGUUCCCCACGCCUCCGAGAGACGGUGGGGAGAAGCGUCCACAGCGGCUGAGUGCCGAAGACCUUCCUCCGCCGGACCCCAACUUCCGCUUCUUGGCCGACCGCAUGCGGGAAGGAGGGGGAGGAGGUGGGGGAGGGCCCCCAAGGGCACCACUGGGGGCACCUCAGCAGGACGAACGCGGAGGACAGGGCGCUCCCCGGGGCGGCAGCAGGCGCCACCGGCACAACUACGGUGGGCAGGACUUUGAGAAUGUCAAGCCCACCAUGCGCCACGACAGAGACAUGGAAAGGGAAUUUCCCGAGUCCCCGCCGCGCAACCCGUGCAUGCGCAUGACGGGACGGCAGCGCCGGGAGUACGACCAGUGGAAGAUGGACCGGGAGCAGAUUGACCAGGAGCGCCUGCAGCGCCACGUCAACGCCGCCGGCGAGUUUCGCCGCGAGUGGGACCACCACAAGGACGUCCAGGAGUUGACAGACAAGGUGCAUGAAAUUCAAGUGCAAGGUGACCAAGCGAACGACGGAGGGCAGGCAUUCCAAGAGAGCCGAGACGGAGAGAAAACUGUCCUAAGGGGUCCCUCAUCGCCGCCCCCACCUCCUCGCCCUCGUCCCCAGAACGACCAGGGGCAGACGUUCAACAGCCGCGUCUACAGCAGAGGCGGACCACGAGGUCGCGGCGACGGCGGCAACCGCGGCCGAGGCCCCCGCCGCGGCUCGGGGGGCGGCGGCUACCACGAGGGAAACCGGAGCCGCACCGAGUCCUCCGGUAGCGCCCCCUCGGACAGAGACGGCGGAGGAGGAGGCGACGAAGACCAGCGAGACCAACCGCGGGACUACCAGGACCACUGGCAGCACCGGGACCCCCGGGACCACCGCCAGGACCACCGCGGCGGCGACCGUUUCGGAGGAGGAGGAGGAGGCAGGCACGGCCAGGACGGCUACGCGCCUUACCAUCGCGGUGAACACCGCGGCGAGGACUCAUACCGGAGACCGCAGCGCAGGGGCGGUGGCAGGGGCGGGAUGCCUAACAGGAGGGGGGGUUCCUUCGACGGGGACAUGAGGGGCGGGAGGGGAGGCCGCGGUGGCCACAGGGGCAUGGACAGGGGGAGAGGGGGCCCUCCGCGAAGGGGUCGCGGUGGGGAGCGCAGGGGACGCGACUUCCCGAGGGAUGGCGACCGGAGGGAAGACCGCUGGGAGCGUAGGGACAAGGCGGACGCGCAGCAGAACGCCUGUGUGGAGGCGUGGGAAACAGCGGAAGCGGGCGGCGUCGACAAGGGUGGCCAGGACUGGGGUGUUGCGGAGCCGGCCGGUCCGACUCAAGAGGGCACGGGCUGGGACACUGCCGAGGGUGCCACGGACCAGGAGGUGGACGUUGACGGCGGACGAGAGGAGGUCGUCGAAGAGUCGGUGGCCGCGGAGCCUGGGCACGAUGUGGGCGACGACCCUGACGGGUUGGCGCCCAUAGACGUGGAGGAGGAGUCCGAGGACCAUCUUGAUCCGUGCAACGACACCUCCAGCUGCCCAGAGUCUUCGUACUUGUCUGGACACAGCGACCUGGAGGAGCACGAUGACGUGGACAGGGGAGCUGAGGAGUCCCUGGAGAGUACGUACAGGGAGAGCAUGAAGCUUCUGGAGACGAUGCACGAUCCGGUCGCAGACGCGGACCACGGCGAUUCGGGACUGAAAGAAGACGUGGCUGUCUUGUCAGAUGGCGAUGUAGAUCAUUAUGCUGGUUCAUUGGACCCGGACUCGGCGUUCGCUCCUUGCGAAUCGGAAGUUAACAGUAAUGCUGCGCGGGGUAAGGCUUCGGACGGUGGUUCUGCCGCCGCGUCUCAAGAAAAGGACGUUGAAGACUCUCAUUGGGUCACACCUGGCGAUUCGGAGAAGGAUGGCGAUGCGGCGAUCCAAGAGACAGCCAACAUAAUUGUUCGCCUUGAUGCCGAUGGGCAGGCUAAGAGGAGCGAUACCGUAGCCGACAGUUCAUGCGUGGAUGACUUUACGGAUAGCGCUGACGUCUUUUUGUCCCAGGAUAGCGAAAUUUCGGACUUGAACGAGAACGAGACAGCGAGCUCCGACAUUGCGGCUAAGAGACUUGCUCUUGAGACCGCGCAUAGCGGCGCUGGUGACGCUUCGCCAACGAUGCUGUCUGAAGACGCUGGCCCGUCCUUAUCAAACGAGGCUGAAAAAGAAGGGAGAGGCGAGUCUCCGCAUCUUAAAAAAUGUGCCGAGAACGGCGUCGUCUCGAACUCGGCGCUUGAGAACGGCGAGAAACUAGAACUUCCUCACGUUCAAACCGACGGAGACGUCGGUUCGACAGAGCUUCCAGAAGCAAAUCAGUGCGCGGACUAUACUGCCGAGGCGGGCGACGUAUUGGCAACAGUGAAGGGCAAAGAUGCAGGUGUUAAGGCGACUUCGAAGGGCGCGACUGACGACAGUAUCGCUACUACAGACAGUCCCGAACCGCAGAAGCAGUGAUGUACCAUACACGUCCGCUUGCCCGGUGACUUCUGCCGGCAAAACGUUUCUGCUCGUAUAAACUCGAACAACUUUCUCUCUCAGAAGCGUAGUGACGCCGAGGCGCUUGCUGGUUGAGUAACACGCCCCGUCUUCUCAUCUUAGCUGAUUGUCCUGGUACACAUAGAGACCACACGUUUGAGCAUCUGCGUAACUCAUUGGCAGGAACCAAAGACCCGGAUGAAGUAGAUCAUCCGACGAGCUCAGCGCCACGUAGAAGCUUCUGGACUGACUAACCUUCAAGCUGUUUAUCUUCGUUUUGUCUCUUUCGGGGAUGGGCACAUGCAACGUUUGUUUUGUACCGCUCAGUUCAGCCUAAAACCGUGGUCACACUACAAAUACAACAAACAAAAAGACUGUCUGCAGAGGCCUUCCUCGUGUGACGGUCACAUCGGUUGUACAAAACCUGUCCGCAGACAUGAUCGAAAUUAUAUUUGUAUGCCGCUAACGUGCUUCACUCUCAGAAAUAGGGGCUGUAGUACUUACACUCUUUGUCCCAUAUAUCACGCACCAAAACUACAUUUUGACGUUCAGUCGGCUCGCGUCGAACUGACAAUACAAACUUCUACGAGCGCCUUGGUAUCUGUGUAAUAUAACUUUCUAAAGAACAAAUGUAAGUUAAAAAAAAAAGACAUGCACUGAGGUUUUUCAGCAAGGCUAACAAUACCCUGGGUGUUUUCCUCUAGUCUUUACUGCGUGCAUUAACUAUUUCAAUAAGUUGUAUCAUUCGGCUAUCAAGCCGCUUGUGAAAGUUGGUAUCGUCGGUUCGACGUGAGUGGACUGAACGUCGAAUUGGAGUAUUUGGGGUGUUAAAUAAUAGGGGACGAGGGGUGUAAGUACUACACCCCAUUUUUUUGUUAGAGUGUUCGAACAUGCGUGAGGCGUGUUCGCAGAGA